CAAACCGUCUCACACGAAGACCAAGCACCUGCAGACAAAAUGGUGAACUUCACAGUGGAUCAGAUCCGUGCCAUCAUGGACAAGAAGACCAACAUCAGAAACUUGACCGUGAUCGCCCACGUGGAUCACGGCAAGUCCACGCUGACUGACUCGCUGGUGUCCAAGGCGGGGAUCAUCGCAUCGUCCCGGGCAGGGGACACCCGGUUCACAGACACGCGCAAAGACGAGCAGGAGCGCUGCAUCACCAUCAAAUCCACGGCCAUCUCCUUGUACUACGAGCUCGAAGACAAUGACUUGGCGUUUAUCAAGCAGGGUAAAGACGGCAACGGCUUCCUCAUCAACCUCAUUGAUUCUCCGGGUCACGUUGACUUCUCCUCUGAGGUCACCGCUGCCCUCAGGGUGACUGAUGGAGCCCUGGUGGUGGUGGACUGUGUCUCAGGCGUGUGUGUACAAACGGAGACUGUGCUGCGGCAGGCCAUCGCUGAGCGUAUCAAACCGGUUCUGAUGAUGAACAAGAUGGACCGCGCUCUGCUCGAGCUGCAGCUGAAGCCCGACGAGCUCUACCUGACCUUCCAGCGUAUCGUGGAGAACGUCAACGUCAUUAUCUCCACCUAUGGAGAGGACGAGGCAGGACCCAUGGGAAGCAUCAUGAUUGAACCUAUCAUCGGAACAGUCGGGUUCGGCUCUGGCCUCCACGGCUGGGCAUUCACACUAAAGCAGUUCGCUGAGAUGUACGUAGCAAAGUUUGCUUCGAAAGGAUAUGCUCAGAUGGGACCAGCAGAGAGGAGUAAGAAAGUGGAGGACAUGAUGAAGAAGCUGUGGGGAGACAGAUAUUUUGAUCCAAGUGUCGGAAAAUUCAGUAAGUCAAACAUCGGUCCCAAUGGUCAGACACUCCCCCGCACCUUUUGCCAGCUUGUUUUGGACCCCAUCUUCAAGGUGUUCGAAGCCAUCAUGAGCUUCAAAAAGGACGAGGUGGCCAAACUCAUUGAGAAGCUGGACGUCAAACUGGACUCGGAGGACAAGGACAAGGAGGGGAAGCCCCUGCUGAAGGCUGUGAUGCGUCGCUGGCUGCCGGCUGGAGAGGCCCUGCUCCAGAUGAUCGCUAUCCACCUGCCCUCCCCCGUCACUGCACAGAGAUACCGCUGUGAUCUGCUGUACGAGGGGCCAGGAGACGACGAGGUUGCCAUGGGUAUCAAGAACUGUGACCCUAAAGCUCCGCUGAUGAUGUACAUCUCCAAGAUGGUGCCAACCACCGACAAGGGUCGCUUCUAUGCCUUUGGCCGUGUGUUCUCUGGAUGUGUGUCCACUGGUCAGAAAGUUCGCAUCAUGGGGCCAAACUUCACCCCCGGCAAGAAAGAGGACCUCUACUUCAAACCCAUCCAGAGGACCAUUCUGAUGAUGGGCCGCUAUGUGGAGCCUAUUGAAGACGUCCCGUGCGGCAACAUCGUGGGUCUUGUUGGAGUCGACCAGUACCUUAUUAAGACAGGGACCAUUACCACCUUUGAACAAGCCCACAACAUGAGGCAGAUGAAGUUCAGCGUGAGCCCAGUGGUCAGAGUCGCUGUGGAGGCCAGGAACCCAGCUGACCUGCCCAAGCUGGUGGAGGGUCUGAAGCGCCUGGCCAAGUCCGACCCCAUGGUGCAGUGCUUCAUCGAGGAGUCCGGGGAGCACAUCGUCGCCGGGGCGGGGGAGCUGCACCUGGAGAUCUGCCUGAAAGACCUGGAGGAGGACCACGCCUGCAUUCCACUGAAGAAAUCAGACCCAGUCGUGUCUUACAGAGAGACGGUGUCAGAAGAAUCAGACGUGAUGUGUUUGUCCAAGUCGCCCAACAAGCACAAUCGUCUCUUCAUGAAGUCCCGCCCUUUCCCCGACGGCCUGGCUGAGGACAUCGAGAAGGGGGAAGUCAGCGCUCGGCAGGAGGUCAAGGUUCGCGCUCGUUUCCUCUCUGACACGUACGAGUGGGAGGUGACGGAGGCCAGGAAGAUCUGGUGCUUCGGUCCAGAAGGGACGGGGCCCAACCUGCUGGUGGACAUGACGAAGGGAGUUCAGUACCUCAACGAGAUCAAGGACAGUGUGGUGGCCGGUUUCCAGUGGGCAACCAAAGCGGGUGCGCUGUGUGAGGAAAACAUGCGAUCCGUUCGCUUCGACAUGUAUGACGUGACAAUGCACUCAGACGCCAUCCAUCGCGGCGGAGGACAGAUUAUGCCCACAACUCGUAGGGUCCUGUACGCCUGCCAGCUAACCGCUAAGCCCUGUCUCAUGGAGCCCAUUUACCUGGUGGAGAUACAGUGCCCCGAGCAGGUGGUCGGUGGGAUCUAUGGCGUGUUAAACAGGAAACGAGGUCACGUGUUCGAGGAAUCCCAGGUGAUGGGAACUCCCAUGUUCAUAGUGAAAGCCUUCCUGCCCGUCAACGAGUCAUUUGGCUUCACAGCUGACCUGCGCAGUAACACUGGAGGACAGGCCUUCCCUCAGUGCAUAUUUGACCACUGGCAGAUUCUCCCGGGAGAUCCUAGCGACCCCACCUGCAGAGCCUACCAAGUUGUUGCUGAAAUUAGGAAACGCAAAGGCCUGAAAGAAGGCAUCCCCCUCCUCGAGAACUACUUGGACAAAAUGUAAACUCUGACCCUGGAUUAAAAAGAUUUAAACCAAAUCAAUCUCUAAACCCUACCCUGUGGGCACUUUAAAAUCUUUGCACAGGCUUACAGAUACUUUGCACAACAUUUUUUGAGUACGGAGCAGAAACGAUGCUUAAGUUUUAGUUUUAGGCAAAUGGAAGCAGCAAUGCUAUAUUU